ACUAUUCAAGCAACCUCCUCCUCCUCCGUCGUCUCCCCCUCCCAACUCCAGGUCUUCUCCUAGUCGUCUUUCUCUCUCAUCCACCCGUUCUUUCUCUCUCUUGCGCACUCGCGACGAUCGAUCAUCAGCGGCAAUAUAUUUAUCUCUCUAUCUCUCGCUCGCAACCACCUAACCCCGCUUGUUUGUUGCCACCAAACUCGACUCAUAGGCCGCUUCCUUGCUUCAAGUCUGCUUCUUCUUCCUCCUCCUCCUCUUCUUCUUCCCUCCUCUCGAUCGUUGCCGGAGAGAGGAGGGGGAGUGGCCGGCAAUGAUGGCGAGGCGCGCGUCGUGGCUCGCCGGCCUUGUGGCGGUGCUGCUGUGGCUGGUCGUGGCGGUGCGCGGCAGGUUCGUGGUGGAGAAGAGCAGCGUGCGGGUGCUGGCGCCGGAGCACAUCCGGGGCCACCACGACGCGGCCAUCGGCAACUUCGGCGUGCCGGACUACGGCGGCACGCUCACCGGCGUCGUCAUCUACCCGGACAAGAAGGCCACCGGCUGCGCCGAGUUCGACACCAAGUUCAAGUCCAGGUCCCGCCGCCCGGUCAUCCUCCUGCUUGAUCGUGGAGAAUGCUACUUCGCGCUCAAGGCGUGGAACGCGCAGCGCGCGGGCGCGGCGGCGGUGCUGAUCGCCGACAGCGUGGACGAGCAGCUGCUGACGAUGGACAGCCCGGAGGCGUCCCCGGGCACGGAGUACAUCGACAAGAUCAACAUCCCGUCGGCGUUGGUGAACCGCGCGUUCGGCGAGUCCCUGAAGCGGAUGGCGCGGGCGGUGGCCGCCGGCGGCGCCGGCGGCGAGGAGGUGGUGGUGAAGCUGGACUGGCGCGAGUCGAUGCCGCACCCCGACGAGCGCGUCGAGUACGAGCUCUGGACCAACAGCAACGACGAGUGCGGCGCCCGCUGCGACGAGCAGGCGGAGUUCGUGCGCGGCUUCCGGGGGCACGCGCAGCUCCUCGAGCGCGGCGGGUACGCGCGCUUCACGCCGCACUACAUCACCUGGUACUGCCCCGAGGCCUUCCGCCUCACGCAGCAGUGCAAGUCCCAGUGCAUCAACCACGGCAGGUACUGCGCGCCGGACCCGGAGCAGGACUUCGGGGCGGGGUACGACGGCAAGGACGUGGUGGUGGAGAACCUGCGGCAGCUGUGCGUGCACCGCGUCGCCAACGAGAGCGGCCGGCCAUGGACGUGGUGGGACUACGUCAUGGACUACAAGAUCCGCUGCUCCAUGAAGGAGAAGAAGUACACCAAGACCUGCGCCGAGGACGUGGUCACCGCGCUCGGGUUGGAUCUGAAGAAGGUGCUCGAGUGCAUGGGCGACCCCGAGGCCGACGCCGAGAACGCCGUGCUGUCCAAGGAGCAGGAGGACCAGAUCGGCAGCGGAUCGCGCGGCGACGUGACCAUCCUGCCCACCCUGGUCAUCAACAACGUCCAGUACAGAGGGAAGCUGGAGAGGACGGCGGUGCUCAAGGCCGUUUGCGCCGGCUUCAAGGAGGGGACGGAGCCUCGAGUCUGCCUCAGCCCCGACAUCGAGACGAACCAGUGCCUGCACAGGAACGGCGGGUGCUGGCGCGACAAGGCCACCAACGUCACGGCCUGCCGGGACACGUACCGGGGCCGCGUCUGCGAGUGCCCCAUCGUCAACGGUGUCCGCUACGAGGGCGACGGCUACACCGACUGCCAAGCGGUCGGGCCGGGGAGGUGCGCGCUGAACAACGGCGGGUGCUGGUCGGAGACGAGAGGGCAGCAGACCUUCUCCGCCUGCUCGGAGACCGCGCUGACCGGGUGCCGGUGCCCGCCGGGGUUCCACGGCGACGGCCACAAAUGCGAAGACCUGGACGAGUGCAGGGAGAAGCUGGCGUGCACCUGCCCGGACUGCCACUGCAAGAACACCUGGGGCAACUACGAGUGCACGUGCAAGGGCAACCAGCUCUACAUCCGGGGCGAGGACGUCUGCAUAGCCAACAGCAUGUCGAAGCUCGGCUGGUUCAUCACUCUCGUCGCCGUCGCGUGCGUCGCCGGCGUCGGGAUCGCCGGCUACGUAUUCUACAAGUACAGGCUCAGGUCGUACAUGGACUCGGAGAUCAUGUCCAUCAUGUCCCAGUACAUGCCGCUGGACAACCAGAACAACGAGAACCAGCCGCUGCGGCAGCACGAUUCAGAAGCUCUGAGGCACUGAAAAUGGUGUGGCCGCUUGAAACACCUGGAUGGGAAGUUUGGACAGUGAGAACUAGGUUUCCUGAAUGAAUGCAAGGAGAUGCUUGCUCUGCCGACCAAGCUGCAUGCACCGUUUGUGCCCAUAUUCAACAGAUGAUUUGCUGCGAUUUCGACGGUUUUUACUUCACUUUUGUAUAGAAAAGUAGAACUGUAGAAGAAAGAUAACAGUUUGUACCGAGCACGGAGAUGAGCUCUAGAGGAUUAGAUAGGUAGGCUCUGGUCGCUCUUGCGGAUCAAGAGGCGUUUAUACACGGAACAAUUAGGGAAGGAAUGUACGAGCUGCUAUACAUGUACACUGUACAGUAGGUAAACCGUGCUGAGAAUUCGAUACUGCCAUACCAGUAUAUGUGAGUUUCACCAUAUGAUUCUGGUGUUCUUGCAUGCGUUCCCAGAAUAGAUGCUGCCUGCUUCAUGGA